AUGGUCCGUCUCGAGCUCCACAGCGGCGGCGAAGUGGAUUUUAGGAUCGGCGGAGUGGAUGGUGGAGUGACGCUAAGACUACUUCUCAAAGGCGGCCCUCCAUCUCCCUACCAUCUCUCCUUGGUCCGCUACCCAGUCGCCCCGGUACCGCCUCACGCCUCAGAUCUGAAAAUAGGAGUGGAGGAGCCGGAGUAUCGGGUGAGGGAGAGGAACAACCAAACGAGGGAGAUGAAGUUUUUUUUGUUAAUUUUGGAGGUUUAA